UCUUAUCUUGCGGUCACAGCUCAUUGGAUGUCGGAGCAUUGGUGGCUUCAAUCAGAAUUAUUGUCAUUUUCUGAGAUUGAUGGUAGUCAUAGUGGUGAGAAUCUGGGUGUGGAACUGUAUGAUGUUCUCAAACAGUAUGGUAUUUGUGAUAAG